GGGCUGGCAGAGAUGGGGGCACACUGGAUCCAUGGCCCCUCGCCAGGGAACCCUGUCUUCCGCCUGGCCACCCACUAUGGCCUGCUGGGCCCGGAGGCUGCCCGGGAGGAGAACCAGCGGGCGGAGGCAGGGGGCCACCCCCCGCUGCCCUCCGUCACCUACAGCAGCUCGGGGAGGGUGCUGAGCCCCCAGGCAGUAAGCAAAGCCCACGACCUCUUCGACACCCUCCUGGCCUCUGCCCGCACUUUUCAGGGGGCCAAGGAGUCGCUGGCACACAGCGUGGGACAGUACCUGCGAGCAGAGAUUGCCCAGAGGGUCCCUGCUUCUGGGGCAGGUGAGGACGCCCAGCGGCUCCAGCUGGCCAUCCUUGCCGCCUGCCUCAAGCUGGAGUGUUGCAUCAGUGGGACCCACAGCAUGGACCUGGUGGCCCUGGAGCCCUUCGGGGAGUACGUCUCCCUGCCUGGCCUGGACUGCACCUUCCCAGGCGGCUACAGCAGCUUGCCUGAUCACAUGCUCUCGGCUCUGCCGGACGGCACUGUCCUGCUCAACAAGGCAGUGAGGACCAUCCGGUGGAGAGGGUCCUUCCACGAGGAAGGGGACGAGGCCAGGGAUUUCCCUGUCCGGGUGGAGUGUGAGGAUGGAGACGCCUUCCUCGCUGACCACAUCAUCGUCACUGUCCCGCUGGGUUUCCUCAAGGAACGCCACCAGGACUUCUUCCAACCUCCCCUGCCAGAGCAGAAAGCGGAGGCCAUUCGCCGCCUGGGUUUCGGCACAAACAACAAGAUCUUCCUAGAGUUCGAGCGGCCUUUCUGGGAACCCCAGCAGCAGCUCCUUGAAGUGGUGUGGGAGGACGAGUCACCCCUCGAGGAGCCCAGCACUGACCUGGAGGCCAACUGGUUCAAGAAGCUCAUUGGAUUUGUGGUCCUCCAACCACCAGAGCAGCACGGGCAUGUCCUCUGCGGCUUCAUUGCGGGGAAGGAGUCGGAGUAUAUGGAGACGCUGAGCGACGCAGAGGUUCUCGGCACCAUGACACGUGUCCUCCGCACACUGACAGGGAACCAGCGCCUGCCUGCUCCCAGGAGCGUGCUCAGGUCCCGGUGGCACAGCGCUCCCUACACUCGGGGCUCCUACAGCUACGUGGCCAUCGGCAGCUCAGGGGACGACAUCGAUGUGCUGGCUCAGCCCCUGCCCGAGGACCCUGAGGACCCCAGGCCUCUGCAGCUCCUCUUCGCCGGCGAGGCCACCCACCGCACCUUCUACUCCACCACCCACGGGGCCCUGCUGUCGGGCUGGCGAGAGGCCGAGCGGCUCAACCAGCUCUUUGAGGCACCCAGCCCCGCUCCUCGGCUCUGAGGCGGGAAAAUAAAACCCAUGCUUCAUG